GGGAUCGAUGAAACGAGUCGAAAACCCGUCUGCCAUGAAACAGUGAGAAGCGAAGACGGAGAAAUCCUGCGUCAUGAUUCUCUCGAAGCUGCUCCGCCGAGUGGACUUCAAUUGCUACGAAUGUGCGCACACAUGGAGCCCCGACUGCAGUCGAAUCCGUUUGGAAGUGCUGUGGGAUGCGUACAAGUCUCUUCUGCCUCUGUAUUUAAUGCUGAAUACCGCAGCCCACAUCACGCGGCACAAAGGUGUGCCGAAAUUGACUGGCAUGAUAUCGGAAGUUCUGAGCAACUCACAUCGCUCAGCAGCUUCUCUAGGACUGUGCUUUUUCUUCCUCGGGGUGUCGGUGUGCUCCCUACGGAGUUGGCUGGGAUUCUUCUCUCCGUGGGUUUUGUACGCGGGCAGUUCCGUAUCGUGUUUCACCGCAAUUCUCCUCGAGAGAGAUUCGAGGGUGCGUCUCUACAAUGUCUACAUCUUGCAGCUGCUUUUCGAAAUGAUGGCGACCUUGCUCGCAGACUACGGCUUCAAGGGCCAUCCUCUGGGAAAUAGUCUGCUUCUUGGAAUGAGCGUGGCUAUCCACAUGCAUCUCGCUCGAACGAGUGGGGUGGAGAAAACGAACUUAUCGAGUUGGUUGCGCAAAUAUCAUCAACAGGCGAUUUCCUGCGGGCUGCGGCGAUACGAGGACAAAGAUUCAGCCUGGCACUGUAUACCGGCCUCCGUGACGGCGGCCUGCGUCGCGAACUAUUUCUGGCCUUCACAAAGGGUGGCUAUCUACGCUUUUUCAAAUAUGCUCCAGGACGCCUACGUGCACGCUGCGAAGACGAAAGGUACACCCUCUUCGGCUCUUGGAUCGAGGCUACUCUUCGGACACCUGUGCGGAAUACUCGCGACGCUAGGCAUCUUGAAACCCCAUUAUCUGCGAAAAUCGUACAUCGAGUUCCUGAACAAUGUUCUGGGGCACAGGAUUGGACUGGUGAACUGGAGCGCGAUAUCUCAUCUGGGAUUCGAUACUGCGAAAGUCUACAAGGAGCACCUCAUGCCACCUCUAGAUCCUGAUUCCAUUUCCGAAUCAUACAAACAAAAAGUUUGGAUUUGGAACCUCUCCGAUUUCUCUCUGGCAGAUCGAUCGCGCUGA